AAAAUGAAUCCGUUUGAAGUGGUUUCUGGUAGACGCAACAAGCGUAAACCAAAGUCUGAAGUGGUUGAAGUUAAGCUAGAGCCUGGUAUCAAGGAAGAGCCCAAUGACGAUGGUGUCAUUAUUGUAUCACAGCAGCGAACUGAUGGCAGAUAUCGUGUGAAUUACGAUAGGCGCUUUGACUUUGGAUAUGACUUCGAUGCAAUGAAAGAUGAAAUCAAAUGUGAAGAAGAAGAGACGGGCAAAGAAAAGGACUCGACACCAUGUGAACGAUCGGAUGAUAUUGCAGCCAACGAAGAGUCUAUGGGUGACACAAUCGAUGUGCAACAAUCACAACCAGUCGACAGCGGGAAGAAACGAAAUGGAGGCUCCAAAGAGCAAAACAAACGAGCCAUUCCCAGGAAUCAAGUGGCCAAAAAGCAAAAGGAGCACAAAUGUCAUAUGUGCAAUCAUGUGACAGAUUAUAAGUCCCAUCUCAAAGUACACUUGCGCAUUCACACUGGAGAAAAGCCGUAUCAGUGUGAU